AUGGCUGUAGUCGGAUUUGAUUUCGGAAACCUGAACUGUUACAUUGCUGUUGCUCGUCAAGGUGGAAUUGACGUUAUUACCAAUGAUUAUUCACUUCAUGCUACACCAGCCUGUGUCGCUUUUGGAUCGAGAGAUCGUGUUUGUGGAAUAGCUGCUCGUCAAAAAGUUAAUACGAAUUUUAAAAGUACUGUAUUGAAUUUUAAACAACUACUUGGUCUUAAAUUUAGUGACCCAGAAGCUAAAAAGAUGAAGAAAUACAUACCAUGUGAAAUGGUACAAUUGGAUAAUGAUAACAUUGGUCUUAAAGUAAAUUAUCUUGAUAAGGAGCAAAUUUUAACACCCGAACAAGUGACUGCUGCUUUGUUUGUUAAAUUAAAAUCCAUCACUGAAUUAUCAUGUGAAGAAAUUAAAUGUGUUUCUGAUCUAGUAGUUACUGUCCCACCUUACUUUACGGAUGUUCAAAGAAGAGCUUUAAAGGCUGCUGUUGACUUAACUGGAAUGAAUUGUCUUAGACUUGUUAAUGAGAAUUCGGCUGCUGCUUCUGCUUAUGGUAUUUAUAAACAAGAUCUUCCACCUGAAGGAUCUCCACCUAAAGUUGUUGUUAUUGUUGAUGGUGGUCAUACAUCUGUACAAGCAACUUUAUGUCUAUUUAAUAAAGGAAAAUGUGAAAUAGUUGGAUAUACUUAUGAUACUGAUGUUGGUGGAUUAUAUUUUGACAGUUCUAUUAGAGAACAUUUCAGAAAAAUGUUUGUUGAAAAGUACAAAAUUAACGCAGAAACUAAUCCACGUGCUUGGUUACGUUUAUUGGAUGAAUGUGAAAAAAUUAAGAAACAAAUGUCUACUAAUAGUAUUGCUUUACCAUUAAAUAUUGAAUGUUUCAUGAAUGAUGUUGAUGUUACAGGAAAAAUGUGUAGAGAAGAAUUUGAAAACGUUGCAGCACCAUUGUUUGAAAGAGUUCGUUCACUUUUACAAAGAUUACUACAAGAAACUGGAUACACACCUGAUAAAAUUAAUGAGGUUGAAAUUAUUGGUGGAUCUUCACGUAUACCAUCAUUCAAGAAAAUAAUUAAAGAUGUUUUUGGAAUGGAACCCAAAACAACAAUGAAUCAAGAUGAUUCUAUUUCACGUGGAGCUGCUCUUCAAUGUGCUAUUCUUUCUCCAGCUGUUCGUGUUCGUGAUUUUGCUCUUUACGAAAAAUUGGGACAUCAAAUUGUUAUAAAGUAUGGAGAUAGCAAUGAUUUAAAAGCUUUGUGGAAAGGAAAUGCAGAAGUUGGAUCCACCAAAUUAAUCACCACUCUUCGUAGAGGUGAUUUUAUUGUUGAUGGUUUGUACAACUCUCCUUAUGAAGUACAACCACAAAAUUUUAUUGGACGUUGGGUUGUCAAAGGAGUUACACCAAAUGCUGAUGGUAGUGAUAAGAAGGUUAAGAUAAAAGCUGGUGUUAAUAACUCUGGUAUUUUUGAAGUUUUUGGUGCUACUGCUUAUGAAGUAGUUCCACUUUGUAAAGAAGAAAUUGAAGCUGAGGCUAAUGAAGCUGCUAAAAAUCCACCUAGUGAAGAAACAAAAGAAGGUGAAGAAAAUGCUUCUGAAAAACAGCAACCAGCUGCUCCUAAGACAAAGACUAUCUCAACUGAACUUGUUGUUGAAGCACAAAUUCCAUACAUUUUUGAUAUUUAUAAGGCUAGAGACUUUGAGCUCAAAAUGCAACAAACAGAUUUAUUGGAAAAACAAAAAGCUGAUGCCAAGAAUGCUGUUGAAGAAUAUGUUUAUGACAUGAGAGACAAACUUUGUGAGGUUCUUGCUGACUUCAUUCAAGAAAGUGAAGCUGAUGAAUUUAAGGCACAUUUACAAAAAACCGAAGAUUGGUUGUAUGAAGAUGGAGAAGAUGCUGAAACAAAAGUUUACGAAGAAAAAUUAUCAUUCCUAAAAAAAAUUGGUGAUCCUGUAGUUGAGAGAUAUCAUGAGUACGAAAACAGAGCUAUUUUAUUUGAAGCAAUUGAGACAAAAAUAAUGCAAAUAGAUAAAUUUAUUGACCAAUACAAUAAUGGUGUCGAAGCAUAUAGUCAUAUAGAUAAAAAUGAUGUCAAAAAAGUGCAAGAUGCUGUUGAAGAAAAAAGAAAGUGGGUAUGGGAAAAUAAGGAUAAGCAAGCUAAGAAAGCUAAAUACGAUGCCCCACAUGUUUGGUGUCGCGAAAUUUCAAAUGCUAAGGCUUUAUUGGAUUCAAUUGUCAAUCCAAUUAUGAAUAGACCAAAACCAAAGGUAGAGCCACCAAAAAAGGAAAAAAAAGAACCUGCUCAACCAGCUGAAGAAAGUCAAGAUAUCAAUGGGGAAACUAAGCAACCACAAGAAAUGGAAAUUGAUUAA